AUGGAUCAAUCUUCGCAAAGCGCCGGACAACAGCAGGGUAGACAGCAGCCAGUGUAUGACACAAGAAAUGGUGGCCAUUAUGAACUGACUUGGAUGCGACAGCUUUCAGCACAAGGGUAUGCACCUGUCGCCGAGCUCUACACCGGAACGUGGGCCAACGUCAAUCAAGGAUUGCAAGGGACAGCCCGGGAUAUUUUAACAACGUACUGGCAACACAUCAUCAAUCACCUCGAGUCAGACAAUCAUGACUACAAAAUCCAUCAGUUGCCGUUGGCUCGGAUCAAGAAGGUUAUGAAAGCAGAUCCCGAAGUGAAGAUGAUCUCAGCCGAGGCACCUAUUCUGUUCGCGAAGGGCUGUGAUAUUUUCAUUACAGAGCUAACAAUGCGCGCUUGGAUACACGCCGAAGACAACAAGCGACGCACCCUGCAAAGAUCGGAUAUCGCGGCCGCGUUAUCCAAAUCCGACAUGUUCGAUUUUCUCAUUGACAUAGUGCCCCGCGAAGAAGCGACUUCUCAUGCGAAACGCUCUAGUCAGACGACUGCGGCCACCGCAGGUUCCUCUGCUUCAGCAGGUGCUCAGCUGCCACCGUCUCAGCACGGUGUUCAACAUCCUCCCCAUCACAUGCCCCCUCCUGACUACGGCUCUCUCGGACCACAUGGUCUUGGACAAGACCAAGAAUAUCGACAGCCAGCGAUGUAUGCAGGAGCUGUGCAAUCAGACCCAACAGCUGCGUAUGGUCAACCGCAGCCUCAGAUUUUUGAAGGGAUGUACAACCCUUAUCCUCAUUUACCACCACAGCAGCUAAUUCGAUUAUCUCGUUAA